AUGGAAGAGCAGAAACUAAAGAAAAGAACAACAUGUAUACCACAAUACACCCUACAAUCAUUUCGUUCAACACUCCGCAAACUCAUACCUAAGCAAGCAUAUGACUACACUGAUCACAGUGAUCUGGCCCCAAGGCAAGUGCUACUUAAAAGUCAAUUGCGAAAGAUAAGAGUCAAGAAGCAGCAUGAAAUCAUUCAACUAACUAAAGUUAUACUCACGCAUUGUUAUGAUGCGUCCUUGUUGCUCGAUUUUGGGGCUGGAUUGGGAUACCUUAGUGAGUCAUUGUGCAGCGUUAAUACGAGUUGGUGUGUACUUGGUCUGGAGUCUGAUAAGUGUCGUGUAACGGCUGCACGGAAACGUCUGCAACAACAGAUGCCAGAAGCCAGCAGACGUGUCAUUUAUGUGCAACAACUCAUUGAAGCGAACUCUAGCAGUGCUAUUAAGCAACAUAUUGCCUGUAGUAGAUUCGACGACUCACAGGCGAUGCUCGGAAAAUGGGCAAUUAUAGGAUUACACGCAUGUGCUGACCUCUCUGUGACGGCAAUAAACUUAUUCCUUGAGUUGGCAGAAGUUAAGUGCUUAGUCAUCAUGCCAUGUUGCUAUCAUAAGCUACAGCAGACUACCGAUGGAAACUUCUUAAACUUUCCACUGAGCAAAUCGUUAAAAAAAAUUGUUGCAGAGAAAAAAGAGGAUAUUGAGAGUUACUUAAAUCGUCCCUUUCUACGUCUGGCUUGUCAAGAAACCAGUGCGCGUUGGCGUAAUAGUUCAGAGGAUGAGCACCUGGCGCAUGGAAAACAAAUGUUCUGGCGCGCUGUAGCCGAUGCCAUCAUUGAUGAUGAGACCGAAACAAUCAGAACUUUAGUAAAAAGUCAAUGGCCUGCUGCAGAUAUAUAUAAAACAGAAAGUUUUGCCAAUUUUUGCCAACACUACGAGCUGAGAUCAAAAGCAACGGAUGUGCAGCAUCUGCCUGGUGCCUUGUGGAAUGAUAAGCACGACGAGAAAUUUAAUGAAAUCGUAGAAAAGUAUUCUGAUACAGGUCCCAAAUUGGCGGAAGCUUUGACUUGUUUGCAAACAGCGUUACAGAAACUCUGCGAGAAUAUUGUGCUUUACGAUCGUUUGUGUUAUAUGCAAGAAUACGCAGAGGAGCGACCAAAUUUAAAACUAAAUGUACAAAUUCAAAAGAUUUUGGAUGAGAAGUUAUCACCACGCUGCUAUGCCUUAAUCGCGGAAAAAUUAUAG